AAGAACAAUAAUACUCCAACAACUGUUUCUGCUACUACUUGCUGUUGUCCCACAGCAUAUAUAUUGAGUUUUGAGUAUUUGUUGCUUUCUCAAACAUCUUUCUCUUCUCUUUCCUACUUCAAAGUUGAAAUCAUUCAUGGAUUUCUUCAAAUGGGUGAACUUGUUCUUCAUCAUUUUCAAUUGCUUUUUACCAAUCUUCUCAAAUUCCUCUUCCACUUCAAAUGACAACUUGCCAAUCAACAAGUUCCUUGAUUUAGCCAAAAACCCUCAAGUUUUUGAUUGGAUGGUGGAUAUAAGGAGGAAGAUUCAUGAGAAACCAGAAUUGGCUUAUGAGGAAUUUGAAACCAGUGAGUUGAUUAGAGCAAAAUUGGAUGAAUUGGGUAUUCCUUAUAAACACCCAGUUGCAGUCACAGGUGUUAUUGGUUACAUAGGAACUGGUCUUCCUCCUUUUGUUGCACUCAGAGCUGACAUGGAUGCUCUUCUCAUGCAGGAAUUGGUGGAGUGGGAGCACAAGAGUAAAGUACCUGGAAAGAUGCAUGCAUGUGGUCAUGAUGCUCAUGUUGCUAUGCUUCUUGGUGCUGCAAAGAUUCUCAAGGGCCUUGAGAAAGAGUUACCAGGAACUGUUGUUCUUGUUUUUCAACCGGCAGAAGAAGGAGCUGGUGGGGCUAAGAAAGUUGUAGAUGCUGGAGUCUUAGAAAAUGUCUCUGCCAUAUUUGGACUACAUGUCAAUCAUAACUUACGUUUAGGUGAAGUGGCAUCUAGGUCUGGUCCUUUGUUUGCAGGAAGUGGCUUCUUUGAAGCAAUAAUAAGCGGCAAAGGAGGCCAUGCUGCCAUUCCUCAACAUUCUAUUGACCCCAUAUUGGCAGCUUCCAAUGUGAUUGUUAGCUUACAACAUAUUGUUUCUCGCGAGGCCGAUCCCCUGGAUUCCCAGGUUGUGACUGUAGCAAAAUUUCAAGGAGGCGGUGCAUUCAAUGUUAUUCCAGAUUCUGUCACAAUUGGUGGCACCUUCCGAGUUUUUUCGGACAAAAGCUUAAAGCAACUGAGAAGCCGGAUUGAGCAGGUUAUCACAGGACAGGCUGCUGUCCACAGAUGCAAUGCAACAGUCAGCUUCCUUGAAGAAGAGAUGGGUUUAUCCCCUCCAACUAUAAACAAUGGUGGCUUGCAUGGCUAUUUCCAAAGUAUCGCCGGGAGUGUGCUUGGUGUUGAUAAAGUUAAGGACAUGCAACCGGUGAUGGGAUCAGAGGACUUUGCGUUCUAUCAACAGGCUUUGCCGGGAUACAUCUUCCUCCUUGGAAUGGAGAAUCCCUCCGUCGAACGUCUUCAUUUGCCGCAUUCACCGUAUUUCAAAAUCAAUGAAGAUGCACUUCCUUAUGGCGCGGCACUUCAUGCCGCUUUAGCUGCUAGGUAUCUUGUUGAAUUUCAUCAGGAGGUAUCAGUAGUAGAGGGGAAAUAUCAUGAUGAAUUAUAACAAAAGCUUAUAAAAAAGGCCAUAUCAUUUGGGUUGGACACAUUUGUUGUAGAUGAAACUUAAAGGGAAAAUUCUUAAAUUUUAAGAGAGAAAAUUGGCAACAAACACAAGAAUCCCACUUGGGAGCAUGUAACGCUUCCAAAUAAUAAUCACCAUGUAUGGUCAGCCAUCAGUAAAAUCUCUUAUUGUCAUGCAUUCUUCUCAGCUACUUAUGAACGUAUAUCAAUUCAAAUUCUAAUAAUUCCAUAAUCCUUUUUUUAGAAUGUUA